AAAAAAAAAAAAAAAAAAAAUAGACGACGACGAUUGUACCGCAUUUUGAUCCGGGACGUAAUCUGCAUGAAAACAAGCGCUCACUCUUCCUGCUCAACAAAUGACAAGGGCGGAGCCUUAUACCACGUGAUACAGAAGCUGUGCCGUGAUGCUCACAUUGGCAGGGAAAAAACAACGGAGAACACGUCAGGGAUGACGAGAAAGUGACAGGAGAAAAUUCGUCCUGGUCAACCACCCAAACAUCAAUAACGGGAACCUUAUACCCCAUACCCGUCGAACUCCCGCAGGCACAAAGAAAUUACGGAGGCUAUUACUUAUCACCUGACCAAAGAUAUAUCAACACUGUGCAAAACGAGGGAUUUAGGAAAAUGAUCAACACCCUAGACAAACGCUACACAGUGCCGUCCCGCAACUAUUUUUCUAUUGUUGCACUACCUGCUCUAUACACGCAGUGUCGAGCAACGGUGGAGGAGGAAUUUCAAGCAGUACAACAUUUUGCGGCAACCACAAAAUUGUACCUGACUCACUUGGAUUAUGCGGACACAGAACGCAUAAUGACAGAGAAGCUUCACAACCAGGUAAAUGGUACUGAAUGGUCCUGGAAGAACCUCAACACACUGUGCUGGGCCAUUGGAUCCAUCAGUGGGGCUAUGCACGAGGAGGAUGAGAAGAGGUUCCUUGUUACUGUCAUUAAGGAUCUGCUGGGUCUCUGUGAGCAGAAGCGAGGAAAAGACAACAAGGCCAUCAUCGCCUCUAACAUCAUGUACAUUGUUGGCCAGUACCCUCGUUUUCUUAGAGCCCACUGGAAGUUCCUCAAAACUGUUGUGAACAAGCUCUUUGAGUUCAUGCAUGAGACCCAUGAUGGAGUUCAGGACAUGGCGUGCGACACCUUCAUUAAGAUUGCCCAGAAGUGUCGGCACCACUUUAUCCAGGUGCAGGUGGGAGAGGUGAUGCCCUUCAUCGAUGAGAUCCUCAACAACAUUAACACGAUCAUCUGUGACCUUCAGCCUCAGCAGGUGCACACGUUUUAUGAGGCAGUAGGGUACAUGAUUGGGGCACAGACCGACCAGGCUGUUCAGGAGCACCUGAUAGAGAAAUAUAUGCUGCUGCCCAAUCAAGUGUGGGACAGUAUCAUCCAGCAGGCCACCAAGAACGUGGACAUCUUGAAGGACCCAGAAACCGUCAAACAGCUGGGCAGCAUUCUUAAGACCAACGUCAGGGCCUGCAAGGCAGUGGGACACCCCUUUGUUAUCCAGCUGGGACGGAUUUACCUUGACAUGCUCAACGUGUACAAGUGCCUCAGCGAGAACAUCUCUGCUGCCAUUCAGACAAACGGUGAGAUGGUGACAAAGCAGCCACUGAUCCGGAGUAUGAGAACAGUGAAACGGGAGACUCUGAAGCUGAUCUCAGGCUGGGUCAGCCGAUCAAACGACCCACAGAUGGUUGGUGAGAACUUUGUUCCCCCCCUGCUGGAUGCCGUCCUCAUUGACUACCAACGCAAUGUCCCUGCCGCCCGUGAGCCUGAAGUCCUCAGCACCAUGGCAACUAUUGUCAACAAGCUGGGGGGGCACAUCACCAGCGAGAUACCCCAGAUCUUUGAUGCCGUCUUUGAGUGCACUCUAAACAUGAUCAACAAGAACUUUGAGGAGUAUCCAGAGCACAGGACCCACUUCUUCUACCUGCUCCAAGCUGUAAACUCGCACUGCUUUCCCGCAUUCCUCGCCAUCCCUCCAGCCCAGUUUAAACUAGUGCUGGACUCUAUCAUCUGGGCCUUUAAGCACACCAUGAGGAACGUGGCUGACACUGGUCUGCAGAUUCUGUACACCUUGCUGCAGAAUGUGGCCCAGGAGGAGGCAGCCGCUCAAAGUUUCUACCAGACAUAUUUCUGCGAUAUCCUGCAGCACAUUUUCUCUGUGGUCACUGACACAUCGCACACUGCUGGCCUGACGAUGCACGCGUCCAUCCUGGCCUACAUGUUCAACCUGGUGGAGGAGGGGAAGAUCACUGCAGCGCUGAACUCCGCCAGCCCCACCAACAACCAGGUGUUCAUCCAGGAAUAUGUGGCCAACCUGCUUAAGACUGCCUUCCCCCACCUACAGGAUGCUCAGGUGAAGGUGUUUGUGACAGGGCUGUUCAGCUUAAACCAGGACAUUCCUGCCUUCAAGGAGCAUCUGAGGGACUUCCUCGUCCAGAUAAAGGCCGGACAGUUUGCGCCUGAACUCCCCUCGGGAUGGAUGGCGAUUGACGGGAACCAGAGACUCUUCCCAUGAACGGAAACAACACGAACACAAUGUUGAAUCGUGAGAACCUGAGGGAACGUGCCAAGCUCCAAAAAGUGACAGCGCAGAGGAGGUCCAGCGAUGGACUUGUGGUUCUGUGAACAGCACAAAUGCCAGGUGACUGUGAAAUAACUAACAGCACUUUUUCCACAAGUGAAGCCAGUAACUUACUAUCCUACCAGAUUAGCUCUAGUUGCUUGUGCUUUACCUCCAUGCGUGAGAUCAGUAUGUGCAGCAGCUUAAGCUGUACAAUGUUUCAGGAAAUAGUUUAUUUCACCUUUUGACAUUGUUAGUUCAACACGAGGUAGAUGUCUACUACUGCAGACUAAAAUUACAUUUCUGUCACCUACAGACGCUUGUCUUUAAUGUUACUGUUACUCUCACAACCAUACAUAUUACCAUAAAGUGAUGCACAAUUCUGAAUCCGUCAAACCUUUUGCCAACGAAAGAAGAGGGCACUUCUCAUGAGUGUAGAGACCACGUAGAGAAGGAGUUUAAGCCGAGGGAUGACUUAAUAGCUGUGCCACUUGGUGAGGGAAAGGUUUGGUUUGUUGAUGGUUUGAGUUUUACAACAGUAGAGGGACAGACUAAAACAGGUUUUACUGUAGUAGAUAGUGAGAAAGUUAUCUGUGCAGGACAACUAGCAUGUUUCCUAUUUGCUUGAGCAGCAGAGAUGCUAGCUCUAAUGGAAGCGUGUAAAGCUGCAGAGAAAUAAGAUGUGACAAUAUACACUGAUAGCCAGUAUGCAUUUGCUACAUUACAUUUCUUUGUGAUGCAGUGGGUCAGACGAGGUGUGACAGCCUCUACAGGGAAACCUGUAGAACACGCCAAACUCUUGCAAAAUCUGCUGGAGGCAGAGUUAUUACCCAGUAGAUUUGCCGUUUGCAAAUGUGUAGCACACAUGUGAGGGAAAGAUCCAGUUGCAUUAGGCAAUACUUUUGCACAUAAGAUCGCGAAAGAGGCAACUUUAGGAGAACAUGGUGUUAACAUUUUAGCAGUGCAACACCAACAGACAUUGCCUAUUAUGCGGGAUGCACUGGUAGACAUGCAGGGCCACUCACGUACUGCAGGGAAACAGUUGUGAUUUACAGAAGGAGCGAGCUUGCAGGAUGGUGUUUGUUAUCUGUGUGAUAAACCAAUACUGCUUUAGAAUUUGUAUAAAACUGUUGCUAUUUUGCGCCAUGGGCUUUGCCAUGUCGCAACAGGAGGGAGAUAAUGAGUAGUUUAUACUUUAAGAUUAAAUACCCUUACAAAAAAUUUUGCAGGUCAUGUAUGAUAUUUUGCAAGCAUAAUUCUCGGGGUAAUUUGAGACCUAAGAGAGGGAAAUUCCCCAGACCCAGUCACCCAUUUCAAGUUACUCACAUGGACUAUAGAGCUGUCCAACUGUAAUAACUAUGAGUAUUGUUUAGUGAUAAUGGUCCACAUUUUGUAAAUGAAGUGAUGAGAUUAAUGGCACAACAUCUAGGGAUAACACUAAAAACAUCAUUGUUCUUAUCACCCACAAAGUGCAGGGUUGAUAGAGGGAACUAAUGGAAGAGUAAAGUUAAGACUUAGGAAGAGACGCAGGACAUGGUUAAACGGUAUAGAAUUAGUUAAGAUGUAUACACAUGUACAUGAGGAUUACUCCAACAGAGAAUGGUCUGACUCGUUGAGAUUAUAUAUGUUAGAGCAUUUAGAGUUCUAAUCUUCUGUAGUGAUGAUAGAAGAGCAGAAGAGAGAGCAUAUUAGUAGAUUAGAUGCUUUAAAAUGUUUUAAAAUAAAGACGUCUUGAGAACAAAUGAUCUGCCAGAUGAUUCUGUUCUCCGCAGGAGCAGAGUCUGAAGUCUGGAGAUUGGAUGUUGACAAGGCCAUGGAGAGGAAGUGCUGGUCCAGUCCACGGUGGAGAGGUCCAUAUCGGAUGCUGCUGACGACGACCACAGCAGUGAAGAUUGCUGGAAGGAACACUUGGAUACAUUAAGCGCACUGCAAGAAGGUGACACACAUCCAGGCCGGAUCGGGGUAAGUGGCAGGAAGACCGGGUACAAAGGGGGGGGAAAGCCUCCAGGGCCCCUCGUCUCAAUCCGGUGAAGAAACCAACUGCGCCACAGGUACUCAUCAGAAUGGCUGGGAAUGUGCUGUGCGCCUUCUUGUGCCUGUGGACCCAGAGUGGGAUGACAGGAGAGCACUGGGACAGAGCAAACCACACCCAGUACCCGCAUGAGGUUUUCAACAACUGCUGGUGGCAGUUUGUGAACACAACCGCUCACAUAAAGAACGAGACCAAUGGUUGUGCUUGUGAUGCCACUGGCUACACAUUCUUCUGGACUGUGGCCAUAUAGAGCGACACAGUUGUUUGGUUGCCUUGGCAACACAUCCAGGAGUAAACAUACUUGGAACACUGCCAACUUUUCAACUUCUGAACCUGAAUGGACGGUUGAUUUACCAGUAGCUGGGACGGUGAACUGCUCUGGUACGACAGACCUGAUAGUCUGACUCAAAGUAUCUGACUUGCUGCAGGACAUUGAACAGCUAAAUGAACUGGAAACAGGCCAGUUGCCUAUGUGUAUGAAGGGCUAUGGAUUAGUCCAAGUUGGAGAUUUAUCGUGAAAUUUGUGCAAUGUCGCCUAUUCUUUGUGUCCUCUGCAAGAAGGAUGCAAACAGAGAAGCCUUUUUGCAUCAUGAACACUUCUCUAAGCUGGUUGGGGUUGUGAGCCAAGAAGAUCAAAACACCUUGAUCCAAUUUCCUUUACAAAGCUUUUCCUGUGGCGACAACAGGACAGGAGAAGAGUUGUAAAUGCGGAUAAUUUACCAGUUGACUCUAACCCCCACAGUGAGAAGGUUUGGGGGUUGAUAGGAGUCAUAAAGAAGGGUGUUAACCAGGCUACAGCUUUGAAGUCAGCUGAGAGCCACAUGGACAAACGAUAAAGUCAACUGAUGUGUUUGAACGUCAAUGUCUGUAUACAGUUGGAUUGUAGUGAAAUAUGAUUUUUGGGAAUGUUGAUUAUUCUUUUUGACUGUUACAUUCAAUUGUUUACUUGCAGGAAUACAUAAUGAAUCGCACGACAGGAGUAGAUGCACCACAAGGCUGGAUAACUUGGUUGAUGUCUGGUCCUUGGUGGCAUCUUCUUUUGAAAAUAUUAACUCCUGUUUUAGGACUGUUGACAUUUGAUUUGCUUAUGUAUAGGAUGCAUUUUAGUUUAUAAGAUCAAUGCUAACUAAAAUGAUUCCUAAUACAUUUGUUAAUUAUGUACUUUUACAACAAUAUGAAUUGACUGAAAUGAAUGACAUGACAAAAGUCUGUGUAUAAAUGACGCCUGCGCUGAAAAUGUCAAGCAAGAGGUGCUAGGCUAAGAAUAUACUACAUAGGAAUAAUUUGGAGCAUAAAAAUCACAAAACAGGAGGGAAUGUUAGAGUGAAUUGUUAAAUGUUUGUCAUUUUUAUGCUUACCAUCCAUUUCUACAUUGUUUAACUGUGGGAUGAAAGCAAUUCCACAGUCCCCCUCCCCAGAUUCUUGAGUUUUUGGGUGAGGGGCUGUAGGUUUGAUUACAGACACAUCCUAUCUGGAAGGUCUGUUUGAUGUAAGCUUCCUGCCCAGCAGGAGGUCUCUCACACACACACACACACACACACACACACACACAUAUAUAUAUACAUACAGUGCCUCGUCUUUGUAACCAAGGGGGGUUAAGAGGGGAGGUACGUGUUGUAAACUAUUGUGUGAACUGUAACAGUUUGUCAAUAAAUAGCUGCGAGGGAAGCUGCUCUUUGAAGGACUUUGGGCUGGAGACAGGUUAGGAGCGUGAGCUCCAAGAGCUGGUUCUUGAUCAAAGGCCUCCCUUGCGCAAGUAAUCGAUCGAACACUGUUGCCUUGUUUUUCUUUCAUGGGAAUAAGUCCUGGAUACAGCGGGGUCUGAGUUUAGACCCAACACUGCCACUUCAUGGUCAGGCGGCCAUGACUAUAUGGAAGGUUUGUGGGUGCUGUUGGAAACAGUCAGUGUUGUGUCAUGUGUCCUGAUUGGUCUGAUUAUUAUUGUUAUUAUUUAUAUGAUUAUUUUUUUGUUGUUUAUUUUUGUGCACUGAAGUUGACAUUUAGGUGGUAAUUAUGAUGUCAGUAAAUCAAAUACUGUUAAACCAAUUGCUGAGGCCAAGCAUGUUGUUUUUUUUUUUGUUUGUUUGUUUGUUUUUUGUCCAAGAGGGCGAAAAGAAAUGAAAGGGAAUAUCUGAAUGAUGGGCAUUCCAAGAAGCCCAACCAAUCAGCCAAUCAGAUCUUUUGUUUGUGAGCAGCAGCCAAUCAGAAGGAAGUUAUCUCAAAGAAAGGAAAAGUGAGCUGAACUGCUCAUGCAAAGCUCUAAGAAUAUAAAAAUGUAGAAAUGCUGGAAAUGAGCCUAAUACAUGCUUUUAAAUGACUUUUUAUUAAAAAGCAUGUGCAUGCUAACCCUGUUACAAAUAAAAGCCCAUCAUUUGGAAGAGUGAGUUCAAUUACCAGCACCCAUAGUGAGUAUUUGAUCCCUCACUCCUGUCCAAAUGGGGGUUUAGUAGUGUUGCAUUUAAUUGAGCAGUCUAACAGUAAAAAUUAGGAUCUCGGUCGCUGUGGUAGAAAAGCAGCAUGGCUUUCAAACCUUGUAGCUAACAGCAGCUUUCUGUGAUUGUGUCGCU